GAACUGAUUUUCCUGCUAUACGUUGUGUCAAUUUCGGCACUUUUUUCAUCAUUCUAAUUACACGAUCUACAUCUCCUAUAAUACAAAUCAAUCAUAUUCAAGAUAACAUUGAGAGUGAAAGUGAUUCUGAAGAAGAACUAAUUUUCGAGGACGCUUUAGAGUUUCAACCUCCGGAGACAGACACCAAUCUCUUGCAACUAUGGGAUGACACUGCGUUGAGUGACACUAGCUCUGUCAUGUUAGAGACAACGGACGAUGAACGUUCUUUAACAGGUGACGAAAUAGGAGAAAUGUCACCUCCCUUACCAUCUUCACAGCGAAGCUCUUAUUUAUCACAAAUCUCUACGUUUCCCACAAAUAAAAGACAGACACGAUUGCUUUACUCCCGGGCAUCCAUUCCCGUCAUACCAACAAGAGGAACAUUAAAAAGACUAUCUAAACGUGGCACGAGUAUGUCAAUACCGUUAGUUGAGGAAACAGACAUGGAUUUAGAGGAUGAUUUACGUGAAGUGCGAAAAGCUUUAGAUCUAUUUUUCAACUCGAGAAUGAAUGAUGCCGAGGAUUUGCUCAUUAUCAAGA